CUUCUUGACGUCAUGUCCUUUCAAUACUGGAAGUGAAUGUCUUCAUUGAGAUAUUGAUGGGAAAUACUGAAACGAGUGGACUAGCUGACUGGUGAACUAUAUGCACCAAUCAGAUGCAAAGAUGGAAGACCUGAAUACGUGUGAACAAUCGGAUGCAAAGAAUAAAGGCCUGUAUGCUUGUGAAUUUUGUAAAGUGAAUUGUCCUUCCGAACUCAGUCUGUUCAGCCAUAAACUCGGACAGAAGCACAGAAAUCAUUGCUACUAUUUAGCUCUAGAAAUGAGCAAGGACCCAAACUCUGUAGCUAAUAAAUAUGAGGAGUCUCUAAAGUAUGAAGCUGAAGCACCAGAAGGAAAAAAACUGCAAUCUUAUAUAGAUACUUUUCAAAACGAGCCGUUCCUUGGACUGGAGUAUAUCACUGAAGAUUUUCAAUUGAACCGGUACAAUUACGAGUGUACUCUUUGUCCAUGUGCUGCUUCAACACCAGCCAUGAUAUUGCAUAUCAUGGGAUUUCAACAUAAAAGAAUGUAUUUGUCGAAGCAUCACCCUGAUAUUUUAGUUACGGGUGGAAAAAAUGUAAAAAAAAAUUUGAAUGUCCUAGCACGUGACCUAGAAAAGCUGAUUGGAAGGAACAAAAUAAAGGAAUUAACUGACAAGGAACUAAAGGAAAAAAUGAAUGAAAAUGUGCAGAAAGAAUCUACCUCAAGCGUAAAUACAGACCCUGCAAACAAUGAAAUAAAAAGCCUGCCUAGUGAAACAGAACCCAAAGAAAAUGUUGCUUUGGAAUUUAAAGGAAAUGAAGAUUUCAUUAAAUAUGUGAAAAGCUUUGAGAUAAAGACUGAUGAAGAUGCCUCAUUUAUCUUCAAAAUAACCCAGAAUUUGACUAAGGCACUCCUAAAUUACCAGAAAGAGUGUUCAAAAAAGGUUUCUUCAACACCUUCAGACAGUACGGUUGAACAAAGUAUCAGUUCUACAGAACAAAAGACAGCCUCUGCUCCCCCUUCAUGUGACCCCCAGCAGGAUGUUCCUUUGCUGACAAAGCCAGAUGAUAAACCAGAAGUUGUAGAGGCCAAAGACAAACAAAUAAAAAAUAUUAAUACAUCUCAGGGGGCCCAAAAUGUUGAAACAGGAGGCCCAGAAGUUAAAGCAAACACAGACGUCUCUGCUCCUGCUCCCUCAACUGGUUCAGAAAACCCCCAUCAGGAACUACCUUUGGAAGGAAAACCAGUAACUGUGUCAGCUUCUGACAGUAACCCUCUUGAAGUGUUCUUCAACAGCGUCAAAGAUAUGGAAGCACCCCAAGUAGCUGCAAUUUUUACAAAGGUUGUUGCCACAAAUCCUUCAUUAAAAGGAAUUGAUGUGGAGAGUGUCAUGAAAUAUCUGAAAGACACUGGGAAAAUAAAGAGGUCCUAAUAUAAUACAAAGUCGCCAUGCUGUGAAAUAUUCUUUUUGUGUGCAGAUUGUAAUAGAUUUUGAGUUUUACGUUAGUACUGAAUACUGAUUUGCAAUUAUUUGUUACAAUACUUUUAUGUACUGAUGUUUUUGUAUAAUAAUAAACCAAGCUUUUUUUUGUUUUUUCUUUUAA